AUGGAUAUUUCAAACCAACUGCUGUCAAAUGAUAAUGGAAUGUGGGAUUAUUUACCUGAUACUAUCCUAUUACAUAUUUUUAAUUUUUUAAGCCACUCUGAACUUCUAAAAGCUGGAUUGGCAUGUAGAAAUUGGUGUAGAAUAUCGUAUGAUGAAGUUCUAUGGAAACAUCUAUUCCACAGACAUUUUCAUAUAAGUAAUAGCAUAUCUAUUGCUCCUGGUAAAAAAUCAUGGUAUAUGGAAUUUAAAAGGUUAAUUUAUCAUACUCCACAAAUUUGUUCAGAAGUGAUAAGCGAGCACAGGAAUGAAGUCUUACAUGUCAGUUUUUCUCAUAAUGGUUCCAUGUUUGCCACUUCUUCUAAAGAUGGAUUUGUUAUAGUUUGGAAUUCUUUGUAUCCAGCCAGUAUAAAGUACUCCUAUGACAUGAAGGUCUUCAGUUGGAAAUAUACUCAAUUUUCACAGUUUAAUAAGUCUGAUACACUUUUAUUAGUAUCAGGAGUUCAUUUUGGAGUUCCAACUAGUACAUCUGGAGAAAUUGCUGUAUUUUCAUUGCAAGAUGGAUUUAAUUUGCAAUGUCGAGUUGGAAAUAAGCCUUAUGAUAUUUUUGGAACUUGGUAUAGUGAUAGGCAUCUUCUGUCUGGAGAUCACUAUUGGUUAGCUCAUAUGGUCAGCACUACUGGUCUUUGGAUUAAUAAAGCUUCCCAGGAAACAGCAUCUGAGCAAACUCCUAUAUUAAAUCAACUGUUUCGAUUUUAUAAUACUAAUGCUAGUUCUGUUCGUGUUCUGAUGGUUGCUGAUAGUAAAGUACCUGACAGAUCAUGUGAUGAAAACAUUGGCUGCAAGUCAAAUGGGUCAUUUCCAACAUCAGUAAAAGAAGAAAGUUCAGAGAGACAUACAGAAGAAGAUGAUAACAAUUCCUUAGAAGAAAGUGAUCUUGAAGAUGAUGACCUAUCUGGACUACCUGAAAAGUUAUUAAUUUUUACAAGUGGUUCAAAGACAUAUGUACCCCAUCAAAUAGGUUUUAAAAGAAUAAAAGGUGUAAAGUUUCCAAAAGUUAUCAAUCGAGGACCAAGUGUUAAAGAAAGGUUGGCCAAAAGACGUGAAAGAUUACUUGGUGGUAGACCUUCUUUUGAAGAACCAAAUUGGCUGGAUUACCAAUCUGUUGUGAGAAAGUAUGAUGAAGUAGAUCAUAUAAUGGAUCUUCAUGGCCAUAUAAUUGGGAUGAGUCUUUCACCAGACCAUAGGUUUUUGUACGUGAAUAAUCGCCCUUGGCCUACAGGAUACAGUAUCACCAAUCCUCUGGAUCCUCCUCCGAUUGCUCAAGAAAUUGAUAUUCAUGUGAUUGAUCUCGAAAAUUUCAAGAAAGUUGGUAAAGUUUUGAGAUCUCAUAAGGCAUUUACACCAAACAAUGAAUGUUUUUUUAUUUUCCUGAAUGUUUCUGAAGAAUAUGUAGCAAGUGGUGCCGAAGACAGACAUGGCUACAUAUGGGAUAGACAUUAUGGAAUACGCAUUGCUAAGUUGCCUCAUUUAGACGUUGUUAAUUCAGUUGCUUUUAAUCCUAUGAACCCAGAAAUGCUUGUCACAACAUCUGAUGAUUAUGAAAUAAAGGUCUGGAGGUCAAAAAAAUUCAUGAAUGAGCUUGUAAUAAAAAACAAUAAACUUAAUGAAUUGUCAUUAUCAUUAAAUUCAAUAAGGAAAAAAAGAUCUCAUUAA